AUGUGUUUCGGCGGCAACGUGACGCUGGCGGCGGCGGCGCUCGACAAGCGGAUCGCGGCCAUGAUCUCGGUGACGCCGCUGAUCGACUCGUCGGGGCUGCCGGAGCGGCGGCAGCCGAUCCUGGAGCUGGCCAUGUACGACCGGGCGGGGCAGCUGGCGGGCGACGAGCCCAUGUACCUGCCGUACGUCAACGAGGACGGCAGCGCGCCCAACGGGCUGCAGCUGGCGGCCGACAUGAUGCCGGCGCUGGAGCGGCUCAACAUUCCCGUCGAGAACCGCGUGGCGGUAGUCAUUAUAUUAGAAUGA